AUGGUCACAUAUUUGGCUUCUGUGAAGGGCAUUGUGGCAUUAGUCACCGGUGCUGCAUCGGGUCUCGGAGCUGGUACGGCUCGACAUCUUCUCGAACAUGGAGCAAAAGUGGUCAUUAUGGAUUUGCCACAAUCAAAGGGUGAAGCACUGGCGAAAGAAAUGGGACAAAAUUGCUUAUUUGCUGCGGCUGAUGUGAAAAUUUCAGUGCGGUCUUCAGCUGAAGUGUCGGGUGCAUUCCAUACUUUGAUUGAUAAAUUUGGACAGUUGGAUGCUGUUGUCAAUUGUGCUGGUGUAUCAUAUCCAUUCAAGUUGUAUAACUUGCAGAAAAAGAAAGCUUGUGAUGCAGAACUGAUUCGUCAAACAUUCGAUGUUAACGUUUUCGGCACUUUCAAUGUUAUACAGCAGGCGCUUGAAACAUUUGCGCUUAAGAGCAAGGACAGCUUAGGUUUUCGUGGUGUUAUUAUCAAUACGGCAUCUAUAGCAGCUUACGAUGGACAAGUGGGACAGAGUGCUUAUGCAGCUUCCAAGGGAGCCAUUGUAAGUGCAACACUUGCGUUUGCUCGUGACUAUGCGGAGGAUGGAAUACGGUUCAUGACAGUUGCACCGGGACUUUUUGACACUCCGCUUAUGAGUGGACUUCCUGAAAAGGUACGAACUUUUCUAGCCGACAUGAUUCCACUCCCGAAUAGGCUGGGUAGUCCGGAAGAAUUUGGCGCCUUGGUGCGUCAUAUUAUCGAGAAUCGGUACUUGAACGGGGAAGUGAUACGUCUUGACGGUUGGGUGACAUUUAGGAUGUCGAAUUUAUCUUCAAGCUGGAAGACUACGCGUCGUUACGGUGAACCGCUAAAAAAAGAUAAAGCAGCUGCACUUUUCGAUUCUGUAUUUGCCAAUCAGCCAAAAGCAUCUACUUCGCUGACAAGACCACUAGAUUUCAAUCCUUCAUCGAAAUGUGUAUCUCCUAAACGGGAUCAAGUUCAUAGUGAGUUGAGUACACCAAGUCCAUCAAGCAGCUUGUUUCUUUCACCGACAGUCAGCAUUCCCGACUUCGAAAAGUCUGAUGAAAGCGAUGAAGAGGGCAGUAAUAAUAAGUUUCGAAAUAAUCAUUCAUCAACAUACACGCCAAAUAUUUCCAUGACGCAUGCAACAAUUUCUGGUAGUAAAUCGUCCAAUUCAUCACCUGUCAAUCAAUCUCCUGAAUCAGAUGCAGAUCGACAAAAAAUUGGAAUUCCCAAAUAUCAUUCCACUGAAUCGAAACCUCAACGUAAUGAUGUUUUUUGCUUCGAAGUAGAGGACGAGGAAGAUGAGGACACUGAAGGUAGCAAUGAAUUGGCCCCUCAAGUAAAACGUGCGAGACCGGAAGAAUGUACUAGUUCUCAAGAACGAGUAGGAAGUUCUGGAAAAGGGUAUUCACUGGGAAUUAAAGCUAUAUAUAAACAUAGGUGGAUGUUGGAUGACGAUGAUGAUAAUGACGAUUUUGGGUUGCGUUCGAAACAUUCAGAUACCGAUUUAAUAAAUUCUAAAACAGAAGACGAUGGUACGGCCACUGCAGCAAAUGUAGGCACCAUUAGUCCAUCAGGUAUAAUGGAUCAUAAUAGGAAGGGCGAUCGAGCACAUGUUUGGAUUCGAGAUGUUAAGGAUGCACAUGAAUGCUUAAAGUCGGGUGAGCAGGAUGAUUUCAGUGACGAUGUGAAAUAUAUUUUGAGCACUCUUCUGGAUCCUUCAUCGUCGAACAAUCUGAAAUGUUUAAGCGUCAUAUCACUGGCAAAGAAGUGUGUUUCGAGCGAAUUCCGGCGAUUUUUCCGAUCUAACAAUUUAAUUAGUCGGACACUAAAAGCAAUUCCCGAUUCACCAAAGUCACCGAGUUUGGCACUAUGUGUCUCAGUGGUUGUUUAUUUGUUGUCUCGCGACACCACCUCUGUAUUCGUUGACGCAUCUGCGCUCCGUUUGUUCAGUCAGCUAUUAAAAUUGGAAAAUCCAAAUCCGAAUGAAGAAUGCAUGAGAUAUUCGAAAAUGGCGAUGGAUGUAUUAAAAGAGUGGUUGGAAAAAUCGUUUGCAAAUACGGAAUUAAAGAAAGUGCAAUUUGAUAUUACGGAAAAAACCCUUUCGCCUUCGUUUCUCAUUUUGGAAUCACUUGUUUACAUAAGUGCACGUAAGCAUCGUGAACAAUCAUUGCAAAGUGAACUGUUGAACGUGGGCAUACUUCAGUGGAUCGUUUCUAAAAUGGACAAAACAGUAUUGCGCUUGUUGCACGAAAAAAUAUCAAAUGAAGAAAUGCUUCUUUGCUUGAAAGUUCUUGAGCGAUGCUUCAGAGUACUUGAAUCGGCAACAGUCUGCAAUGAGAAGAACGGAGCAUAUCUGAUUAGCCAUCGAGGGAGCGCCCUCAUCCAAUCAUGCGGAAGGCUGAUGUCUUUGUUGUUUCGCACUGUAGGACAACUUGGUGAUGAUACCAGUGAAUUAAAGGAGCAAAAUAUCACAUGUCUGAAUCGAAUGGUUGGGUUAUUGAUGAGUUUAUCAUAUGAGAAUGAAUUGUGCUGCACGAAACUCGGUCAGAUGAAUGAUUUCCUCUCACUCUGCGUAUCCUCCUUUACCUAUUUGGUGCCAAAAUAUGUUCGUAAGGAGAAGCAAUUUGAUCUUAUUGUGUUGCUGUGCAGUCUUUUGGUCAAUUUGCUUGAACGUUGUAAUUUCAACAGACGUAAGCUGAUUGGGCUUACGAUCCCAGUUUAUGAUCUCGAAAGUAAAGCAGAGAGGCAAGAACCAACAUUGAAAGCCUUUAGUCAGCUAUUUGUAUGUCACGAAUCAAUGGCUCGUUCUAUCGAUGAGGAACUGGAUAAUGAUCUUGUAAUUGAGGAUACUCCGGAUGAUAGUAUUAAUCAUGAAGAGGAAGCAGAAGAUGACGGUCGGUUGCAUCGAUUGCCAACGGAAUUAUCUGAGGAUGAGAUGGUUGAAGCUGUACAAAAUGCCAUGAAUAAGGCUAGCUCACAUAUGGAAGAUUCAGUUUUGGCAUCGUACUUCGCACUUUUGAUUGGAUGUUUAUUAUUGCAAAAUGAGGAAUCAGUAAAUGUAGUGAAAGCAGAAAUGAAGAAUGGAAAGUUGGUUGCACUAAUUGAGCAGCUUCAGCGCUUUCUGGAGUUUAUCAAAUUAACGAAUGGGAAGAAAGCACACGUUCGCUUUAUGGAACGCAUUAUUGACUUACUCGAUACAUUGGAUAAUUAG